GUGUCAUCACUGGGAGUCACCACCUUCAGCCUCUGUGCUCUGGGCAUUGACAGGUUCCACGCGGCCACCAGCCCGCAAGCCAGUGCCCGACCCAUUGAGCAGUGCCAGUCCAUCAUCGCCAAGCUGGCUGUCAUCUGGGUGGGCUCCAUGACGCUGUCAGUGCCAGAGAUCCUGCUCUGGCAACUGGCACAGGACACAUCGCCCGUGUCCGGCGUGGUAACGGAGUAUUGCACCAUGAAGCCCUCGUCCAACCUGCCUGAGUCUGUCUACUCACUGGUGCUCACCUACCAAAAUGCUCGGAUGUGGUGGUACUUUGGUUGUUACUUCUGCUUGCCUAUCCUCUUCACCGUGAGCUGCCAGCUGGUGACCCGGAGGAUCAGUGGCACUGACAAGAAGACCGAGUGCCGAGCGACCAAGCACAGCCAGUGCGAGAGUCACCUGCACUGCACCAUCAUCGGGCUGACCAUCAUCUACGGGCUCUGCACCACCCCUGAGAAUGUCUGCAACAUCGUGGUGGCCUACAUGUCCCCCAACAUGUCCAAGCAGACCUUGGACUUGCUCAGCCUCAUCAACCAGUUCUUCCUAUUCUUCAAGUGCUCGGUGACGCCUGUCCUGCUCCUGUGCCUCUGCAGACCCCUGGGCCAGGCCUUCAUGGACUGCUGCUGCUGCUGCUGUGAGGGCUGCAGCCCUGACACUGCCUCCUCCAGCGAGGGCAGUGCUGACAGCAAGCUCAAAACAGAGAUGUCCUCCUCCAUCUUCUUUGACAAGCCCCGGGAGUCCCCUCCGCCCCUCCUGGCCCUCGGUACACCUUGCUAAGUGCCACCAGGGAGCUGUAGAGAUCAAUCCACCACCUCCUCCCAAGACCAAAUGUUGUUUUGCCAUUAGUGCCCAUGUCUGGACGUGGAGCGAGCAGAAGAGACAGCUCAGGGGGCUGUGUCAUGGGCGUCAAACCCCACGUUGGGCAAGUGGAGCUUGAAACCCCAGUCCCUGUGGCUAUGUUGGUGGCCUUCUUGCCUCUGCCCAAAGGCCAGCAAGGACAUCAGCACCCUGCCGUCCUGGCUGCCAGGCCAGGCUCAGGGAGGUUGCUGCUCU